AUGUGGCUAGAAUACUCACCAUCACCCAAGUCCACCGCAGGACGCACAGCAACGAGCAAAACCACGCCAGAUGGCGGUGUAUCCGCAGCCGCAAGCACAACCGCGUCAACCGACCGCAGGAAAAGCCUCCUCCCCCAGCGCAGUAUCCCCGUUCGUGAUCGAGAUGGUGCGGCACCGGUGCGGCAGCAGCAGGAGACGGGGUUACAGCGAGGGAGUCGGGUGUUGACUAAGAUGCCGGCAGCGCAGCAGCAGAAGGAGGAGGGUCCUUCGGAGUGCAGCACGCCAGCGCCAGCGCCAGCGCCAGCCACGGCCACAGCGGUUACUCGACGACAGAGUUUGAUACGGCCUAGCCCGUUGAAGACGGGGACAGCUACAGGCGCAGGGACGGGGACGGGAGCGAAUCCGGGCGGGACGGUUCCUACAACGCCGAAGAGCGCGACGUUCGGUGGGCGGGGAUUGAUGACUUCACCGAGGAAACGAGAUGGAGCCUCGUCAAUGUCCCCGAAGAAAACGGAUAUGCCGCCUCCGCCGCGGCUGAACCGGUCUGCUUCGAUGAGACAGCCUUUAAAAGCAGGAGCAGGAGCAGGUUCGGGGACUCCAGUUUCUGGGGUUAGGCAUGUGCGGCACCGGAGCCAGAUUGUUGCGCCGUCGCCGAGUCAGAGUCAGGUUUCGAAGAGGAGCGAGUCGCAGUCUUCUGGGUCAACGUCUACGACGACGGCGGCGGCGGCCGGGUUGGCGGCCGGGACGAGAUCGAGUGUGCAGUUUACGACGUAUCAGCAGCAGUUCUCGCCAAGGAAGGUGGUGAGACCGGCUGCUUUGUCGGCUGCCAGGGCGUCCGCGGAUGAGGAGAGCUCACUGAUUCCGACGACGUGGCCGGAGAUUGCGUCGCUUCAAACGGAAUUACUACAGCUGAGCUUGCUACAUUCGUCGUCGCUACAGCGGAUGGCGGCACUGGAGGCCGAGUCGGAGGAACAGCUACAGACCAAGUAUGACGCGGUCGCGAAGACCUAUCGCGCGAUGGUUGGGGAAGAAAAGAAGUGCCAGCGGUUGCUUAAUGGACAGGCCUUGAAUCGCUGGCUAGAGAAUGCCAGUGAACAUGGUGGUCGCCAAAGCUUCGCUGCGCAGAUCCAGGUCUUUUCGCAGCUCGUGCAGGAGGUGUGUGAUUUGACCGACAGUCUCGGAGGGAGAUAUACGAUGCUUGUCCAGGAAUUCGAGGAAUGGUUCCGGAAAGCGCAAGCGAUUGAGAGCAUGCGUCUCCAUCGACAACAGGGAGAUGCGAGCCAUGUGGUUUUUAUUGAUCCGCUCGAUCGAGUGUGGAAGGACGAGGUGCACGCCAUGACUAUGAAGCUUGAACAGUGCUCGAGGCAGUUGCAGAGCCUGGAUAUUGCGGGCUACGAGGAAUCAGAGCAAGCGCUAGCUGAUUCUGCACUCCUGCGCACGACCAAGGGACUAGACAUGAUGGUCGCUUCGAUGGUGGACGAGCUGAAAGCGAUACGUAGGAUUGAAGCGCAGAUUAUUGAACAUCUGGCCCCCGCUUCUGCAUCGACGCCAACCAUGAAGAACUCAAUGUAUAAUCGCAUCUGGCGUCGGGAGUCGGGAGACACUUCACCCUCGGCGAGUAUUCGUGGUAUAUAUGGUUCCAAGGAAUGGGUUGACGAUUUGGAUAUUGUGAAUGAGCUGGGGGGCCACACUGGUUGCGUCAAUGCGUUAUGUUGGUCGCGGUCUGGUCAGCUGUUGGCCUCGGGUUCUGACGAUCUACACCUCAACAUCUAUUCCUACCAGCCGGAAUCCUCGUCCGCGCCCUUUGCGCUCAACACUACCGUUUACACCGGCCACAAGGCGAAUAUUUUCUCGGCCAAGUUCAUGCCCCAUUCGAAUGAUCGCACGCUGGUGACGUGCGCUGGUGAUUCUCAAGUGCGCGUCUUUGACAUCGAGCAUUCCGCAAGUAACAGCAAUGUCGCGGCAACGUCUGCGUUUUCUGCGUCGGCCCGGAGCCGUCGCUUCAACAAUUUCUUUAGCAAUGCGCGCUACCUGAAUGAAACAAACACCAACGCCAGAGUCUACCGGAGUCACGCGGAUCGCGUCAAGAGGAUUGUCACCGAGUCAUCUCCGUACCUCUUUCUCACGUGUUCGGAGGAUGGCGAGGUUCGUCAGUGGGAUUUGCGCCAGCCGUCUGCCGCUUAUCCGCAGCCGCGCGGGGGACAGGGCUUCAUGGCGUAUCGGCCGGGGCUGGAGCAUGACGAUUCGAAUGUGCCUCCUCCGCUGAUUUCGUAUAAACGGUACCAUCUGGAUCUCAACACCAUCUCGUGCUCCCCGAGUCAACCGCACUACAUCGCACUGGGCGGCGCCCAUUUGCAUUGCUUCUUGCACGACAGGCGAAUGCUCGGACGUGAUCUUCUUGCGGAAAAGGGCCAUCCCGGGGGUCUUUCCGACAGCGGUAGCCAUCACGAUGAGGAACUGAUGGGACAGGCGACGAGAUGUGUUCGGAGGUUUGCCCCCGGCGGCAAGAGACGAAUGAGCCCACGGGAUAAUGGACAUAUCACCGCCUGUAAGAUCAGCGACGCCAAUCCGAACGAGAUGGUUGUCAGCUGGUCCGGAGACCAUAUAUACAGUUUUGAUCUAGUUCGGAGUCCAGAUGCAAACGAUUCGGCAUCGACGGGUCAGAAGUCCAUGCAUGGAAGUCCUAAUUCACGUAGGCGUCGAAGUUCAAAGAACAGAAAACGUAAACGGCAAAAGGGUGCUUCACUGUCGUCUCAGUCCAGUGGCACCCGCCAUCAAUCCCGUCGGCGAUCAGCGGGGCACGAUGACAGCGGUGAGCUAGCCUUCAGAGUCCGCUAUGGCAAUGGGGAGAUGGAGGAUAUCCCAUUCCCCUCGCUAUCCGACACGGUGUCCGACGCUCCGCAAAAUGUGUUGGAGCAGGCGCAGUAUUCUGUUCUGAACGAGGCACAGCAGCUUAGCAUGCGUAUCGCCAAAGGACUUGUCAAGCUCCGCAAGGCCCUCUUCUCCUUGGAAGCAUCGGUGCGCGAAGCCACCGAGGCCUCAAGCCCAUCGGACCGGACGCCGUAUACUGCCUCAUUUUCUACUGUGUUGACACAUGCGUCGGAGCAUCUGCCCCGAAUGGGAGAAGUCAUGCGGACAUGGAGAUAUCCACUCGACCCGAGUCCAGACGUCGUGGGCUUUCAGCAAUCUCUUCGCCGUAAUCGGGAAUCUGCCUGGAGAUUCGUCCAAGCUGCGGGAACACUUGCACGGUUUCUGGGAGGUGAGAUCCAAAGUUCUUCCGAGGAUGAAGAUUCGGCGAUGAACCUAUUCCAGCAGAUAGUACCUGCACCAGGUGAAAAUAACGUGAUUGACACGAAAGAGCAAUUUGGCUAUGACUUUGUCAAAGCUAUCUUGCUGUUCUUCGAAGGAGGACGGGGCGCUGUAUUGUCUGGGUUCAAGAGCAAUCCUUUUCACAGGCGCAACCAGGCGCGGUAUCCGAUUCCUGAAACAGCUGACGAGAGGGCUAUCGAGUCGGUCCUGGUUCCUUACCUUCAAAGCUUGGCGGGAGACUAUCCGGUGGUGAACGUCGAUGCCUCGAGAUUUGAACAUGACAGCACUCGCACACUGUUUCCGACACAGCACGCUGCAGUUGCCGCCUUUGCAAAUGCUGUGCAAUUGCCCUUGGAGGACCUGGGACAUUUUGCAGCCAGAGUUAAUGGUGAUGGUGGGACUGCACAUCACGUUCGAUCUCUUGACCGGGCUUCAGCAACAAGGUUCUGGGUUCUCAAGGUAGGUCGAGGCAUCUUGAUGGAGACAGGUACCGGUGUCAACUACGCCUUUGUGAACAGGGCCUUUGGUGGGUUGCGCACAGAAAUCGAAGAUCACUCGGACAGUGAGCUUGCGCAAGAGAGAUUGCAAGAGGAUGUCGACGGCAGUGUCGAGGAGGAGCCGAUUCAAGACGUGCACCUCGUGACUUCUGGUGGCUCUAUGAACGGCGACUCGACUCAGAGGCGCCUACGCACCUCCGACCCGAGUGGAUUGCGGACGAAUUCCACUAACGGCGGGACGGAAUUUAGAGAUGGGAGCUCCAUUGAGCACGGCAGUGCGGCGGUCGUGAGCGAGGAUGGUUUUGAUGGGUCGACAGAAGAGGAAGAAGAUGAUGAAGAAGAGGACGAUGACGAUGACGAGGAUGAAAUAGACUUCGACAUGGGACUUGGCGAUUCUUCCGACGAGGACGAGGAUGAGGAUGAAGCCGAGGAGCGUCUCAUCAACAGAUAUGGUUUUCGACGAACGCGAAGAGAGGAUGUCGAACUUGACGUGCCUUGUUCCUCCCAUACCAAAGUCUAUCGGGGGCAUUGUAACAUCAAAACAGUCAAAGACGUCAAUUACUUUGGGCUGAACGACGAGUACGUCGUGAGCGGCAGUGACUCAGGUCACAUAUUUAUCUGGGAUCGAAAAACAACGGACCUGGUCAACAUACUCGAGGCAGAUAGCGAAGUUGUCAAUGUUGUGCAAGGACACCCGUACGAACCGACUCUCGCCGCUUCUGGAAUCGACAACACUAUCAAGAUCUUCUCACCAGAUCGCCAUGCACAGGAAGAUGCUCGCCGCGGUAUUAACAUCCUAGACCCUGAUAACCCCGCUAACACGCUCGGUGCAAGCGUUGCCGGUAUUGGCGGCCUCAAAAGUUGCAAACGCAUCCACGAUAGCUACCGGAUCAUGAGCCAGAACGACGUCGAUCGUCAAGGAGGCAUGAGCGAGGCGUACAUCACCAGGAGUAUGCUGGCUCGGCUAGCUGCUACUUUACGGCAAAGACAGACUGUUGGAGGUGCAUUGGUAGACGGAGCGGGCGAGGGCGCUACCAUCGUUCUGGACGAGAAUUGCACUGUGAU